AUGCGGGGUCUCGGGGCCCUGCUUCUGCAGCUGGCCUGCUGCCUGGCAGUGAGUGCCAACCCUGUGCCCACACUGCCAGAUGACAUCCAAGUGCAGGAGAACUUCGACACACCUCGGAUCUACGGGAAAUGGUACCUUGUGGCCAUGGGCUCCACCUGCCCCUGGCUGGCGAGGUUCAAGGGCAGGCUGACCGUGAGCACGCUGAUGCUGAGAGAGGGAGCGACCGAGAGGCAGAUCAGCACGACUAGCACUCGCUGGCGGAGAGGCGUCUGUGAGGAGAUCUCUGGGGCGUAUGAGAAAACAGACACCGAUGGAAAGUUCCUCUAUCACAAAUCCAAGUGGAAUGUCACCAUAGAGUCCUAUGUGGUCCAUACCAACUAUGACGAGUACGCCAUCAUCCUGAGCAAGAAAUUCAGCCCCCGCCACGGGGCCACCAUUACCGCCAAGCUCUACGGGCGGGAGCCCCAGCUUCGGGAAAGCCUGCUGGAGGAGUUCAGGGACGUUGCCCUGGGUGUGGGCAUCCCUGAGAACUCCAUCUUCACCUUGGCUGACAGAGGAGAGUGUGUCCCUGGGGAGCAGGAACCAGAGCCCACUUCAGCGCCGAGAGCCCGGCGGGCUGUGCUGCCCCAGGAACAGGAAGGAUCGGGGGCUGGGCAACCAGUAACUGAUCUCAACAAGAAAGAAGAUUCCUGCCAACUGGGCUUCACAGAAGGUCCUUGCCUGGGGAUGGUCACCAGGUAUUUCUAUAAUGGCUCGUCCAUGGCCUGUGAGACUUUCCAGUACGGUGGCUGCCUGGGCAAUGGCAACAACUUUGCCUCAGAGAAGGAGUGUCUGCAGACCUGCCGAACCGUGGCGGCCUGCAACCUCCCCAUCGUCCGCGGCCCCUGCCGGGCCUCCGUGCAGCUCUGGGCCUUUGAUGCCGUCCAGGGGAAGUGCGUCCUCUUUACCUACGGGGGCUGCCAAGGCAACGGCAACAAGUUCUACUCGGAGAAGGAAUGCAAGGAGUACUGCGGGGUCCCAGGCGACGGAGACGAGGAGCUGCUGCGCUUCUCCACCUGACCGGGCCAAGACCAGAGGACGGCAGGGAGGCCGCGGGCCAGUGUCUGACCCAGGGCCCCACACUGGGCAGGCUGGGCUGAGAGACCUGGGUUCAAAUAAAAACCAAAUCACAGACUCCUGAAAUUCCUUGUCCUGUUUAUUGUCAUCAUAUGUGUAACGAGAUGGGGGCGGGGGGAGGCAAAGCUUGGGUGGAGCAUGAGUACCCAGCCUGCCCCAGAAGUGAAAACUGUAUGUGUUGGAAGUAUCUUCUGGACAUGAAAUGGGCUAUGCAAAUUAUGAAACACAAGUCACAGUUCUGUUUACUCCAUACUAGUAUAAAAUAGGAUUGCUUUGUUUUCAUAAAGCUAGAAAAGAGGAGGAAAGCUCUGGGUACUUAUUUCUGGGGUUUGGCGGGUCACCGGCGACCCAGGCUCAGAAUAUUUGUGUCCUGUGACCCGUCCUUUGUGCAUGGAACCCCCUCCAACGUUUUACUUCAGCCACAGCCACGUCUCCAGCAUCAGCUGCCGGGAGCUGAAAAGCCUUGGGCUGUUUCUCCACCAGGCCCUCGAGUUCCAG